AGAAACCUCGAUCUUCCAAGUGUUAAAAUUACUUUAAUUGAUUUUUUCUUUUUAAUUAUUUACUUAAAAAUUAAGUAAUUAAUAGUAAUUAAGGUAGUAGUGAAGACACAAAAAAUGCGAUUUAUUAAUUUAAUAUGAUUAAUUAAUUGAACUCACCUUUAGAGCGAAGAGAAUAAAAGAAGUUCUCAAGAGCGUUGAGGAAGGCAGAGGCGCGUUAUCUUUCGAGAGCUUGUCACUUAGCGGUUUUGAAGCAACAAAAAAUCUUCAUUCACGAAAAGAAAUUUGUCAGUGCUGAAGUGAAGAUGUUGGCUAGUAAAAUUAAAAAUCUCCCAAAACUUCCUGCCGAGUGGAGGCCCAAAGUCUUAGUUACUCACUGUGAGAUCCCUCAAGCUGGUUUGGACAUUCUGAGGCAGAAGUGUGAAGUCAUCCUCACCACGGGAUUGCCUCAGCCAACACGGGAGGAGGUGUUGCGGCUCUCAAAGGGUGUCGAUGGGAUCCUCUGGGCGAAUCAUGAGAAGCUCAAUGCUGAAGCUUUGGAUGUUGCUGGGCCACAGCUCAAGGCCAUCUCGACAAUGUCAGCUGGGAUUGAUUAUGUGGACGUGAAGGAGGUGAAGAAGCGCAACAUUCCCCUUGGCUACACCCCAACAGUUCUCAAUGAUUCCGUUGCGGAUAUUGCUGUUGCAUUGGCUGUAGCAGCAGGACGUCGCUUCCACGAAGGCCAGCUGAAGAUUGCUGCUUCCGAGUGGGAGAGACGACCACAGUGGAUGCUCGGAAGAGACAUCAGAGGAUCAACUGUGGGAAUUGUGGGACUCGGUGGAAUUGGUCAGACAAUCAUUGAGCGCUUCCGAGGGUUCAAUGUUGGGGAAUUCCUCUACACGGGACACAAACCCAAACCAGAAGCUGUCAAUCUCAAUGCUUCCUUUGUCUCAUUCGAUGAUCUUCUCCGGAGGAGUGACUACGUGAUCCUUUCGUGCCCUCUAAAUCCUGAAACAAAGCAUCUCAUCAAUAAGGAUGCCCUGGCAAAGAUGAAGCCCACCAGUGUGCUUAUCAAUGUGGCCAGAGGAGAAAUUGUCGAUCAGGAAGCACUCCUGGAUGCCCUGCAGCGGAAGCAAAUCUUUGCAGCUGGACUGGAUGUGACUACUCCUGAACCACUUCCUGCUGAUCAUCCACUUCUCACCCUUCCUAAUUGCUUCAUCAUUCCUCAUCUGGGUUCAGCUACAGUGCAAACUCGCAGCGAUAUGGCUACUGUAGCUGCGCUAAAUGUUCUCCAGGGAUUAGCUGGGGAGCCCAUGUUCUCACCUGUGCCUUAAAUUCUCAAAGAAUAAGAGGAAAUAAAAUAUUUUUUAUUAACUUUCCAAUCAAAAAUAAAAAUUUAUGAGACAUCA